AUGGCCACCACUAUCUCGCACGAUCUUGCCUGGGAGGUUACCAAGGGACGCAGCUCCACGCUCGUCAAGAGGGCGAACGGUAUCCAGUUCUCGCGCGAUCCUCUUAACCUGAGGAACGUGUACAGCCGCAAGAACGAGGGCUCCAUUGCCAACAAGGCUAUCGGUGUUAUCCCCGGCCCCGAGGGUGGUGUCACUCUUCUCAUCAAGAAGGCCGACAAGCACCACCAGCCCGCAUCUGCCAUCCAGACCACCACCUUCGGCCCCAGCAGGUCCACCCGCAAGACAUACUCCGCCAUCGUCAACUCCACCACCAAGCGCAACUACCGCCCCGACCUCCGCCAGGACGCCGUCGCUAAGGCCUCCGCCAUCCGCAAGAGCCAGAAGCCCGUCAAGGAGUCCAAGCCCACCAAGGCCAGGGGCGCCAAGGCUCAGGCCGCUGCCACCGAGGCAUAG